UCCUGUUUCUGUUUAAUGUGGGAGUUUCCUGUCUUCGGAAGGGAGAAGCGGCUGUUGAGCGGAGGCUUUGCCGGGAUCUCCGCAGCUCGUCGGCGGCCAGAGCUGCCCGAGCCGCCUGUGCCCCGCAGGGAGAAGUGUGUCCCUGGGAAGGAGACUCCGCUGCCCUGCGCUCGCUGCGGGGCCGCGCACAGGCCGUUUGCCUUCUUCACCAUCUGGUCCAAAACCCACGUUUCCAACACUAGUUACAGGGCUGCAUACUGGUAUCCUAAGGCAUUGUCUGUAGGCAUUGUUGACUUAAGAAUUUUAAAAAAAGAAAGAAAUUACGAAGACUACACCCGCCCUCAAGGGAUUUUCGCCCCACGAGAAGAAGCUGUCAGAGAUGAAUAGCAACUCCCGGUGCAGUGAAUCCCAGCCAGCUUCUAGUGUGGUGCAGUGAACUGUGUGUGGUUCCUUCUACUUGGGGACCAUGCAGAGAGCUUCACGUCUAAAGAGAGAGCUGAACUUGUUAGCCACAGAGCCACCCCCAGGCAUCACUUGCUGGCAAGAUAAGGACAAAAUGGAUGAUCUGCAAGCUCAAAUAUUAGGUGCGGCUGACACACCUUAUGAGAAAGGUGUUUUCAAGUUGGAAGUUAGCAUUCCCGAGAGGUACCCCUUUGAGCCUCCUCAGAUCCGAUUUCUGACUCCGAUCUAUCAUCCAAACAUUGAUUCUGCUGGAAGGAUUUGUUUAGAUGUUCUCAAAUUGCCACCAAAAGGCGCCUGGAGACCAUCCCUCAACAUUGCAACUGUACUGACUUCUAUUCAGCUGCUCAUGUCCGAACCCAACCCUGAUGACCCCCUCAUGGCCGACAUAUCCUCCGAAUUUAAAUAUAAUAAGCCAGUCUUCCUCAAGAAUGCCAGGCAGUGGACAGAGAAGCAUGCAAAACAGAAACAGAAGGCUGAUGAGGAAGAGAUGCCUGAUGAUCUGCCAGAGGCUGGUGACUCAGAAGUAUGCAACACAACACAGAAAAGGAAAGCCAGGCAGCUGGGAGGCAUAGAAAAGAAAUUUUGCUCUGAUGCUUAGGGGUUUGUCCUGGUCAUAGUUAAUAUAUUUUUUGUUAAGAUGUUCUAAUUUGCCUACCUCUCUUGGAUGUUUUUCUUUGUAUUUGAUGACAUUAUCAUCUUUCAUGUCCUAUAAAACAGACCUUGUGUAUUUACGUAUUCUGCUUUACACUGAUUCUGAGGCUAGUUUGUUUUAUUUAGCUUGUACAUAUGUAGUUUGAAACCUUUUAAACCUGAAAAAUAAAUAACCACUUAAUGUUGAGUAUGUGUUUAUCCUGAAUGUGUGUCUGGGAGCAAACUGUCCAGAAAGCUAUAUAAUAAGAAUGUUAAAAUAUUUGGAAUUGUUGUCUCUUAUUUUGCCAACUUACCAACAUCACUAGGGACGCUGAACGUUUGACGUAGAUGUAAAAUGACUAUUGGAAACAAUUCAGUUACCACCAGGCUUUCAAGGAUUCUAGGUUUUCAGGAGUCUUAACAGAAUGUGGGAAUGAGGUAAUGGACCCUUUUGUUAAUUUUUUUGCAGUUUUUACUUUUUGUGAUUUACAUAGCUGGUCAGAAUUAACCACGGUAAUAAAUACUUAUUGAACACCU